AUGGCCUUGCCCUUUGCUUUCCUGGUGGCCCUGGUGGUGCUCAGCUGCAGGUCAACCAGCUCUCUGAGCUGCGACCUGCCUCAGACCUACAACCUGAGGAAUAGGAGAGCCUUAGUGCUCCUGGGACAAAUGAGGAGAAUCUCCACUUUCUCUUGCCUCAAGGACAGGAAGGACUUUGGCCUCCCCCAGCAGGCGUUUGAUGGCAAGAAGCUCCAGAAAGCUCAGGCCCUCCACGUCCUCCACGAGGUGAACAUCCAGACCUUCAGCCUCUUCGACACACAGUACUCAUCCGCUGCCUGGGACAAGAGCCUGCUGGACGCCUUCCGCACCGGCCUCCGCGAGCAGCGAGAGGACCUGCGGGCCUGCCUGACCCAGGAGGAGGGGCUGGACGAGGCUGCCCUGCUGCAUGAGGCCUCCAGGCUGGCUGUGAGGAGUUACUUCCACAGGAUCGCUGUAUACCUGAAGGAGAAGAGAUACAGCCCGUGUGCGUGGGAGGUUGUCAGAGCCGAAAUCAGGAGAGCCUUCUCUUCAGCAGCAGCAAUGGGAAAAGAUGUUUAA